AUGGAGUUGGCGCGGGAACUGGGCUGCUGGGCGACGGAAGAGAUGGGGGUUCCCGCGGCCGCCCGGCCCCCGGAGUCGGCGCUGCGCAGGCUGUGUCUGGGCCAAGGAGCUGACAUCUGGGCCUACGUCUUGCGGCAUGUGCACAGCCAGAAGAGUGUCAAGAAGAUUCGGGGGAACCUCCUCUGGUACGGCCUCCAGAACAAUUCAAAGGCCCAUCGGAAGUCGGAACUGGAAGCAGCUGUUGCCCGUCUUCGGGCAGAGAUUCAGGAGUUAGACCAGAGCCUGGAGCUGAUGGCACAAGAGACUGAGGCUCAGGAAGUGGCCGUGGAGCAGGUACUACAGAGAACACAAGACGCCCAGCGCCGUGCACUUCUCCUUCGUGCCCAGGCGGGGGCUGUGCAGAAACAGCGGCAAGUGCUCCAAGAGCCCACACAACAGCUGCAGAACCGGCUCCAGCACCUGCAGGACAUGCAGAGGAAAGCCAAAGUGGAUGUCACCUUUGGGCCCUUGACAUCAGCAGCCCUGGGCCUGGAGCCUAUGGUUCUGAAUGAUGUUCGAGCAGCCUGCGCCCUGCGGACCCAGUUCCUGCAAAACCUACUCAUUCCCCAAGCCAAAGGAGACAGCAUCCAAACCCAUCAGGAUGACCACUUUGGAAUUUCCUACCAGCAGUGGAUUGGCUCAGUGGAGACGCUGCUGACAAACCACCCUCCAGGCCAUGUCCUGGCUGCCUUGUCGCACCUGGCCGCCGAGCGGGAAGCAGAGAUCCAGGCCCUCGGCAGUCCAGCGGAGCCCUGGGAUGCAGAGACAGACAGGUUCGAGGCACUAGACCAGUCCAGUUCCAGCCAGGACCUGCCAUCCACUGUGCAUCUCAUCCAGGAGGGCUGGAGGGCUAUGGGUGCACUGAUAAGCCAGCGAGGCCCCCUCCUGAAGGAGCAUCAGACUCUGACCAGUCGCCUCCAGGAUCUGAUUGAGGAGGCGGAAAGAAGGACCGUGGGGUCUACCGAGAGGCAGGUGAUGAUGCUGAGGCUGCAGGCCUGUGGCCUGUGGGCAGAGCUCAAGGCCCUUCGAGCCCAGGGCCAGGAGCUGGAGGAGGGAGCUCGGCAGCGGCAGUUUCUGCUGCGGGAGCUCCAGGCCAAGCAGCAGCGGAUUCUGUGCUGGCGCCAGCUGGUGGAGACGACUCAGGGCCAGAUCCGCCUACUCAUCAAGGGCAACUCAGCCAGCAAGACGCGCCUGAGCCGGAGCCCCGCAGAGGUGCUGAGUUUGGUCCAGAAGAAACUGGUGCCCACAUCUGAGGUGGUCGCCCCGCAGAGCCAGGAGCUACUUCGUUGUCUGGAAAAGGAAGCCCAGCUUGUGCCCCACCUGCUGCUGGGCACCCUGCUGCGGCACAGCCCUGAGGGGUCACUGCCCCUGCCCACCUUCCUGCCGUCCAUCCACCAGCUGCAUCUUGCCUCCCCGAGGGGCUCCAGCCUCCUAGAGCUGAGCCACUUGCUGGGACUGCCACCUGGGAAGGCUCCAGAGCUGCUCCUCCCAGCAGCCACCUCGCUUCGCCAGGACCUUCUGUUCCUCCAGGACCAGCAGAGGCGCCGGGCCUGGCACCUACAACACCUGAAGGCUAGCCUGCCCUCAGGACCAUCCACCCAAGAACUGCUGCAGACACGAGCGUCCCAGGAAGAGCAGCAGAAGAAGAGUGUGGGGCAGGCCCUGAAGCGGCUGCAGACCCUGCUAGAGCAAGCGCUGCAGCAGAUCCCUGAGCUGCAGGGGGCCGUGACAGACUGGUGGGAGCAGCCAGGUCAAGCCACCCUCUCUGGGGAGCUCCGCCAGGGCCUGUCCCUGUCCCAGUGGCAGCUGCGCUGGGCCCAAGCCCAGGGUGCUGCAGGCACACUGAAGAUGAAGAGGGGGCUCCAGGUGGAGUCAUGAGCUUCAUGUUUGUUCCCCCAGCACCCUCCACCUCUCCCCCAUUAGACCUCUAGAAGGAACCACAGCCCACAUAUAUCAGUAGGUUGCCUCCACCCUUACCUGGACUGGACCUUCAGCCACCUUGUCACUUCAUCCCACCAAAAUCAAGAGGAUGGGAUGCUCUGGACUCACUGAAAUGCCUCUCAGCAGGAAGGAACAGAGUACUUGCUGUCAACACUGAGAUGAGGCACUCACAAGUCAGCAAAGAUCCAAUUGUGGAGAGAAGGAAGAAGGGCUACAGGAGGCUCUAACAGCCAGCUCCCACUGUGAGCAAGAGAAGGAAGCCCUGUCGGUGUCUGAGGAUGUGGAUGGGUGGGUAUGUUUAGGAGGUAGCUAAGAGAUGAACUUGGCUUCUAGUUGGUGUCUAUCCAUGUUCUUAUAUCUAAGUCUCUGAUCCCUCAGUAAAUAUGUAAAUGGCCCAAAUUUUGUCUUAUUUUAUAUAUAUCCCAGUAUUAAUAGUUUGUCACUAUUAAUGGUUCCCUCUGAAGGAGUGCAGUGAACAACCAUGAAGACUAGGGAACUUUCUAGAACCCUGGAAAUGAAUGUGUGUCAUGUACAAAUUUUCCUGUGUGAAAUGGCCCCUCUUGCUCUUACGUUUCAUGUUUUCCUGCCUCUGUUGCUUUUGUCCCAAAAGAAAUACUUUAUAUGCACCUGGUGU